AUGGCCAAUAAGAUCUCAAAGCAGACUCUGAAUGCGAGAGUUCGCGAAGUUCUGAGGCUUGUGAGCCGAGUUGCAAAGACUGGAGUCCCUGGGAAUGCCCCAGAGGGAUCGAGAGACACCCCAGAGACAUCAGCACUACUGAGGAAGAUUGGCGGAGAGAGCAUUGUUUUGCUCAAGAAUGACAAUAAGGCACUCCCAUUGGAUAAGUCCAAGACAGUCGCUGUUAUAGGUCCAAAUACGAAGAUAGCAGCUUACUGUGGUGGUGGCUCAGCUACGCUACUCCCAUACUACGCUACAACGCCGUUCGAUGGGAUUGCGGCAAAUGCAAAAGAGACGAAGUACUCGGUGGGAUGCUACUCUCAUGUCCUCCUUCCUCUGCUUGGUCAGAAUCUGAAAACAGCGGAUGGCAAAGUUGGUGUCACAUUUAAAGCCUUUACCGACCCCGUUGAAGUCAGUAACCGAGAGCAGUGUAGUCGAUAG